GGUAUGCUACAGGAUCUUCGGAUUAGACCUCUAUUGAGCACUAGAUCCUAGCUGUUGAAAUGCAAUAUAAACGGAUACGGUACUUAAGCUUUAGGUCUACUUGAAUUAACUGACAGUGGCCAUAUUGUGGCUUUUCUUUUUAAAUAGAAUACAAUUUUAAUUUCAUUACUCAUUAACGUUUUGCUGACGACGAUAUAUAGAUACGAUUUUCAGAAUGUCUUUCAGUAAGGUUGUCAAAGAUUUGGACCAAAAGGUUUUGGAAUGUCCCAUAUGCAUGAAACGAUUAACACAACCUCGGACACUCCCAUGCUUACAUACCUACUGCCUGGCAUGCUUAGAAACCUGGGUUGAAGUACAGAGUGAACUCAAAUGCCCUCUUUGCUCUGGCACUUAUCCGGUUCCAGAAGGCGGUGUUCAGAAACUUGCACCAAAUACUACCAUUAAUAACUUGCUCGAAUAUGUGGAGACGAUGGAAAAGACUGAGGAAGAGGAUCCACAGAAACUUUUGUGUAUGUGUCGUAAAAGCCCACCAACACAUUUCUGUAAAGAAUGUGUAGAAAACGUUUGCAUUGACUGUAAACAAUCGCACAAGUCAUCACGCUUAAAGUCAAAGAAACACACAUUGUACCCACUAAAUGAGCUCGUCAUCCCUUCGGUGAAAGAAGUAAUGACAUCACAGAAGAAUUAUUGCAAUGUCCACAAAACUAAUGUGUUGGAGUUCUUUUGCAAACAGUGUGUGAAGUUAGUCUGUGGACUCUGUCGAGACGAACUGCAUAAGAAAGCGAGUGAACAUUCAGUUGUUACUGUAUCCACGGCAUGUGUGGAAUACAAAACAGAGGUUCAUGGUCUUGUUACAAUGGCAAAUGAGAUGAAAAUUCAAACUCAAGCACAUCUACAUGCGUUGGAAACAAGUGCAAACCACCUUAAAACAAGCCGAGAUACAUGUAAGAAUAACAUUGAUGCAUGUAUGCAUGACGUUAUAAAAGAGAUGGAGACGGGUUGUCAAGAUCUGAAGAAACAGGUUGAGGCAGUUUACAAAGUUCACAUAUGUGCUCUUCGUUCUAAAAUGCAAAAAUUACAGUCAUUCGUAUCCGACGUCUCUGGUGAUAUAUCUGUACUAAAGGAUACAUUUGGAAAUUUUACCGCGGAAGGGUCGUUUGAAUCGUGUGUGUCGAAAAUCAGUACGAUUCGUGCUCGUCUAAAUGAAAUGGAGGUGGAUCGUACAAAAUUUUCUCCCAAACUUGAUUUUAUUCCUUCGCAAGAACUUACAAGUGCGUUGAGGAGUAAUGGAGUUGGCAAAAUUGGAAUCUUUAAAGAUGUUUACAAAGUUUCUGAAGCAGAUACAAUAGAAGUGAAUGAGGGGGAAAGGUUUACAAUAGGAAUAGAUUCCUUUAUGGGAACGAGAGGUACCUGUGAGCUGAUGGCAAAACUAAAAGACCCACUUGGCCAAGAGUCAAUUGCUGAUAUUUCACAACAGGGGAGACGAUGUGUUGUAACCGGAGUAUGCAAAAUUGUUGGAAAAUGGGUAUUAUCAAUUAGAAGUGGUACUGAGGUUAUACAAGGGUCUCCAGUCAUAAUAAACGUACGGAAAAGGGGACUUUGUAUUACAAUACCAAACAUAAUAGAUUACAUGGAGCACUACAAGGAUACUAAGGUUAUGAAUGUAUUAUUAAACAGAGAAGGACUGUUACUUGUGACAAGUGCUGGCCGAGAUGUAUUGAAAUUUACACAAUCUGGUGAAUUUAUCUCUAAGGUUGUACUGCAGCCAGGAACCAGAGUGACUGGACUAUGUAAUGUCAAUGAAGACAUUUUGGCAUACAGUGAUUUUGGUAAUAAAUGUGUUACAACGUGCAACCAUGAUUUCAAGGAAGUCUUGUCGUUUGGAAAAGGCAUUGUUAAAUUUCCACGCGGUUUAGCUGUGCGUCAAAACACGAACAAUAUUUACGUUGCAGAUCAUGAAGUUGACUGCGUCUUUCGUUUCAACUACGAAACAGGCAAACACAUUGGAACCAUCGGUUCAACUGGAAGAGGUAUUGGUCAGAUGCUAUCACCACAAGAUGUCGCUAUAACUAAAGAUGGGCAUGUUCUUGUAGCCGAUCUCCGUAAUCACAGAAUCUGUAUGUUGGAUACGAAUGAUAAAUUUGUGAAAAUAAUGGUUGGAUUUGGUAAAACGGACGGAAAAGUUGUGGGGCCAGGUGGCAUUGUGGUUUGUGAAGACGAUACUUUUAUUGUUUCCAGCAAUAAUAAAUUGCAGCACUUUGAUCGUAAUGGUGUGUUGAUCAAGCGGGUUGAUAAAGACAAAGAUGGUUUAAAUGCACCCGUGUUCAUGGCCCUACUUUCAUCAAGAACUGUUGCCGUUGCAAACCAUAAAGAGGAUGAAGUCAAGAUAUUUACUUACUAAAUAUCACGCAACCAGUACCGUAUAUAUGUACAGUAUGCCUAAUUUUCGAUAGUAUCUUAUGAUUUGAUACAAAACUUUAAAAAAAUACAAUAACAAUCUAAGCGGUAAAGAUCGGUUAUAAUUCAUGUCAGAUGCAUAGUUGGUAUGCUUGUUAUUUGAAGUUGGAGAUUGAAAAAAAAAUAGUUUAAGCAUUUCAAUGGGUGAACGAUUUUCAAUGGGUGUGAUGAUAAUACCAUAUGCAAUCAUUCCACACAUGAACAUGUUAGGCUGAUACAAAAUACAGACUGACAUGCCAACAUAAUUUUGACAGUGCGACAAUAAACGACCCGGGUACCAAACUUAUGUUUAAAGAAUUCUAGUCUAGUGUAUUUUUGAAUUUGUAUUAAGAAUUAAAAACCAUUAUCAUGGCUGCUAUAAUGCUACAAGUAUAUGGGCUUAUAUAAUUACAUUGUUUUAAUUCAAUUCAAUUCAAUAUCUGCAUCAACAAUAUUUUAUUUUACAAUAAGUAAAUACAAUAAAUAUAAAAUAAGAUAAUUAUGCAAUUAUUAAAUAAAAGUAUUUUUAAUUAAUUAAGGAAAUUAAUCAACCAUUUCUAUUGUUGUAAAAUCAAAUAAAAUUAUGGCUUGGUUAAUAUUAGAUUUGUGGCGGAGAAUAGGUCAUUGUUUAAAGUAUAACUUAGGGAUAGUGAAUAGGAAGAGGAGUUUUGUAAUCGAGACGUUUUUGCAUUAAAUCGGAGAUAGGAUGAUUAACAGGUUUUAAGAAGAAACAUAGCCAUUGUUCUGACAGGUGGAAGCAAAAAUUUUAGCGGAUGAUCAGCAGAUUGGACAAUUUGACAAAUAAAUUUAAGAAGUAGGCAUAGAAGUUAAUUCUGUCUCUUUUCAAAAGGAGUGAUGUUAUAUUAUGAACAAACAGAAAGGUAAGAUGAGGAAGUUCGGUCCUUAGAGAUUAAAUUAGCAAAGAGAAGCUCAAGACGACAAAGAAAGGACAUAUAUUGUUGAAGAAGGCCAUAUUUUUCAACAUUAGUUUUGUGUAGUCUCACAUACAUUUUCAAUCGAUGAUACCACAUGCUAACAUAAUUAUAACAUUACAGCCAGAUCAUAGCCCUUAAGUGGAAUGUUUAUUAUAGUUGCCAAUCUGACUCACACUAUCAUAACAUCGAUUAAAGGAAUUAGCGGAAAACGACAACCGCGAUUACAAAAAAAGAAAACAACACUAGACCCAAGAAAACGGUAGUAUAAACGACAUCGAAAACUAUUAUUAUAUUUUCGGGAGGUCACUGGCAUUUGCUCCAGACUAUAGCCUGAAUCGAACUUUGUUCUUGAUACGGUUUGAUGCCUAAUAUUUCAGAAACAUUAAUCCCAUCACUUGGAGAUAUAAAACCUUCUCUCUCAAACGAGGGGGAGACGAUAAAACUUGGUGACGUACCUCAUAUCAUAAUGUUGUGAGCAACAUAAUGAAAUAAUUCGGGUUAAACUUGGUUCUGGUUAAUAUUUGACGAAAACUUCCAAACGGUAAAUCAAUAAGAAUAC